AGGUGGUGCACGAGGAGCUCAGUCCAGCCCGGGACCACCCUGAACAGGACUGCGAGCCAAUAGCACAUCCUGAGGACGAGAGUCCACCGCGAGGCCUCCUCUUUCACGCACUUCCAGCCACCGCUGCCCGGAAGCUGCUGGUCCUGGAGGCUUGGGCACUCCCGGAGGGCACGUUCGACAGGGACCACCGAGCCUCAUGCGAGCAAUUUCGGGGUGCAGUGGGAGAGGGAGACGGCCCGGGCUGGCAGGUGGACGCGCUGGCCCCCGUGGCCAACAUGGAGCUGGAAAGUUAAUGCUGGCGGCACAAGAAAGGUCAGGGUCGCCUUUCCCUUUUCUUCUUGAUGGAUGGUCCACGCUUUGAAAUGGGGACUGUCCAAGGCCAAUGAAACUGGCACCAUUCCAGGAAAUUGCCACUCUGUGGGCGGGACAGUGACAAGGGACUGGAGGGCAGGGGUGAAGCCCAGGCAAGAGGAGGAACGGCCAGGGCCCAGGAGUUAUAAGUGGCUGUGCCACGGCCUCUGCGUGGCUCCCCAGCCAUGCUGCUCCUUGGGUUGCUGCUGCUGCUGGCCCUGCUGGCUGCUGCCCGCCUGCUGUGGGGCCAGUGGAAGCUCAGGAGCCUCCACCUCCCACCUCUUGUCCCAGGUUUCCUGCACCUGCUGCAACCCAACCUCCCCAUCUAUCUACUUGGCCUAGCUCAGAAAUUCGGGCCAAUCUAUAGGCUCCGCUUCGGGCUGCAAGAUGUGGUGGUGUUGAACAGUAAGAGGACCAUUGAGGAAGCCAUGAUCAAAAAGUGGGUGGACUUUGCCGGCAGACCCCCUGCGCCGAGCUACAAGCUGAUAUGUGAGCACUACCCGGACCUGUCGCUAGGGGACUACUCCCUGCUCUGGAAAGCCCACAAGAAACUGGCGCGCUCGGCCCUGCUGCUGGGCAUCCACGACUCCAUGGAGCCGCUGGUGGAGCAGCUAGCCCAAGAGUUCUGCGAGCGCCUGAGAGCCCAGGCCGGCGCCCCCGUGGCCAUCCAGGAAGAAUUCUCUUUCCUCACCUGCAGCAUCAUCUGUUCCCUCACCUUCGGAGACAAGGAGGACACCUUGGUGUGGACCGUUUACAACAAUGUCCAGGACUUGCUGAAGGCCUGGGGCCACUGGUCCGUCCAAAUGUUGGACAUGGUUCCCUUUCUCAGGUUCUUCCCCAACCCAGGCGUGUGGAGGCUGAAGCAGGUCUUAGAGCACAGGGACCGCAUCGUGGAGCGGCAGCUGAGACGGCACAAGGAGAGCCUGGAGGCCGGCCGGUGCAGGGACAUGAUGGACUACAUGCUCCACGGGGUGGGCCGGCAGAGAGAGGAGCAGGGCCCCGGACAGCUCGUGGAAGGUCACGUGCACAUGGCCGUGGUGGACCUUUUCAUUGGCGGCACCGAGACCACGGCCAUCACCCUCUCCUGGGCUGUGGCGUUCUUGCUUCACCACCCUGAGAUUCAACGGCGGCUGCAGGAGGAGCUGGACCUCGAGCUGGGCCCCGAUGCUGCGGGCUCCCGGGUCUCCUACAAGGAACGGGCGCGGCUGCCCUUGCUCAAUGCCACCAUCGCGGAGGUGCUGCGCCUGAGGCCCGUGGUGCCCUUGGCCUUGCCGCACCGCACUACACGGCCCAGCAGCAUCUCGGGCUACGACAUCCCUGAGGGCACGGUCAUCAUCCCCAACCUCCAGGGCGCCCAGCUCGACGAGACUGUCUGGGAGCAGCCCCACGAGUUCUCCCCGGACCGCUUCCUGGAGCCAGGCAAGAGCCCCAGGCUGCUGGCUUUCGGCUGCGGGGCGCGCUUAUGCCUGGGAGAACCGCUGGCGCGCCUGGAGCUCUUCGUGGUGCUGGCGCGGCUGCUCCAGGCCUUCACGCUGCUGCCGCCCGCGGGCACCCUGCCCUCUCUGCAGCCGCUGUCCUGCAGCGGCGUCAACCUCCUGAUGCAGCCUUUUCAGGUGCAGCUGCAGCCCCGUGGCCCGGGUGCCGCGAGCCUGGGCCAGGGUCAGUGACCGGGUAG